AUGUUGGAGGCGUUGGGCUCCCUGGCGGCUGCCCUCUGGGCCGCGCUCCGUCCUGGCACUGUCUUGCUGGGGGCCGUCGUCUUUCUCCUCUUAGCUGAUUUUCUCAAAAGGCGGCGACCAAAGAACUACCCGCCGGGGCCCCCGCGCCUGCCCUUCAUAGGCAACUUCUUCCAACUGGACUUUGACAAGGCGCACCUGUCGCUUCAGCGGUUUGUGAUGAAAUAUGGAAACAUUUUUAGCAUGGAUUUUGGUACAUUUCCUUCUGUUCUUAUAACUGGAUUGCCCUUAAUCAAAGAAGCCCUUGUCCACCAAGACCAAAACUUUGCCAACCGCCCCUUGAUGCCUAUUGAAAUAUGUAUCUUUAACAGUAAAGGAUUGAUCAUGUCCAAUGGCCAUGUAUGGAAAGAACAAAGGAGAUUUGCCCUGACAACUCUGAGGAACUUUGGUUUAGGAAAGAAGAGCUUAGAGGAACGCAUUCAGGAGGAGGCUGCCUACCUCAUCCAGGAAAUAGGAGAGGAGAACGGACAGCCUUUCAACCCUCACUUCACAAUCAACAAUGCAGUUUCCAAUAUUAUUUGCUCCAUCACCUUUGGGGAACGAUUUGACUACCAGGAUGAUCAGUUCCAGGAGAUGCUGAGGCUGUUCGAUGAGAUCAUGUAUCUGAGGACAUCAGUGUGGUGCCAGCUCUACAAUGUCUUUCCAAGCAUAAUGAAUUUCCUUCCAGGUCCCCAGCAAACACUCUUUAGUAAAUGGGAGAAACUUAAAAUGUUUGUUGCUAACGUGAUUGAAAACCACAAGAGAGACUGGAAUCCUGCUGAAGCAAGAGACUUCAUUGAUGCUUAUCUCCAGGAAAUAGAAAAGCAUAAGGACAAUGCUGCUUCAUGUUUCCAUGAAGAAAAUCUUAUCUACAAUACCCUGGACCUCUUCUUCGCUGGAACAGAGACAACUUCAACCACCUUGCACUGGGGUCUGCUCUACAUGGCCUUGUACCCUGAAAUCCAAGAAAAAGUCCAAGCUGAGAUUGAUAGGGUGCUUGGCCAAUCUCAGAAACCAAGCAUGGCCACACGAGAGUCCAUGCCCUACACCAACGCUGUCAUCCACGAGGUGCUGAGAAUGGGGAACAUAGUCCCUCUGAACGUACCCCGGGAGGUGGCAGUGGACACCACCCUGGCCGGAUACCACCUGCCCAAGGGCACCGUGGUCACGACCAACCUGACUGCUCUGCACAGGGACCCCGCAGAGUGGGCCACCCCUGACACCUUCAAUCCAGAGCAUUUUCUGGAGAAUGGACAGUUUAAAAAACGGGAAUCCUUUCUGCCUUUUUCAAUAGGAAAGCGGAUGUGCCUUGGAGAACAGUUGGCCAGGACUGAAUUGUUUAUUUUCCUUACUUCACUUCUGCAAAAAUUUACUUUCAGGCCUCCAGAGAAUGAGAAGCUGAGCCUGAAGUUCAGAAUGAGCAUGACCCUCUCCCCAGUCAGCCACCGCCUCUGUGCUAUUCCUAGGGUACUGGGCUCCCUGGCGGCGGCCCUCUGGGCGGCUCUGCGUCCUGGCACUCUCCUCCUGGGGGCUGCCGCUUUUCUCUUCUUUGCUGAUUUCCUCAAGAGGCGGCGUCCAAAAAACUUCCCGCCAGGGCCUGUGGGCCUGCCCUUUGUAGGCAAUUCGCUCCAGCUGGACCCUGAGAAGGUGCACCUGACGCUUCAGCAGUUUGUGAAGAAAUAUGGCAAUGUUUUUAGCUUGGAUUUUGGUACAUUUCCUUCUGUUCUUGUAACUGGAUUACCCUUAAUUAAAGAAGCGCUUGUCCACCAAGGCCAAAACUUUUCCAACCGCCCUGUAAUGCCUCUCCAAGAGCAUGUCUUCAACAAUAAAGGCUUGAUCAUGUCCAGUGGCCAAUUAUGGAAGGAACAAAGAAGGUUUGCCCUGACAACUCUUAGGAACUUUGGUUUAGGAAAGAAGAGCUUAGAGGAAUGCAUUCAGGAGGAGGCCACCUACCUCAUCCAGACGAUAAGAGAGGAGAACGGAGAGCCUUUUGACCCUCACUUCACAAUCAACAAUGCCGUUUCCAAUAUUAUUUGCUCCAUCACCUUCGGGGAGCUUUUCAGCAAUGAUUACCAGGAUGGUCAGUUCCAGGAGCUGCUGAGGCUGCUGGACGAGGUCUUAAAUCUGCAGACAUCAGUGUGCUGCCAGCUCUACAAUGUCUUUCCAAGGAUAAUGAAUUUCCUUCCGGGUCCCCACCAAACCCUCUUUAGUAAUUUGGAGAAACUGAAAAUGUUUGUUGCCAAAAUGAUUGAAAACCACAAGAGAGACCGGAAUCCUGCUGAAGCAAGAGACUUCAUUGAUGCUUAUCUCCAGGAAAUAGAAGAGCAUAAGGGCGAUGCUGCUUCAAGUUUCUGUGAAGAAAACCUUAUCUACAACACCCUGGACCUCUUCUUUGCUGGAACAGAGACAACUUCAACCACCCUGCGCUGGGGGCUGCUCUACAUGGCCCUGAACCCCGAAAUCCAAGAAAAAGUCCAAGCUGAGAUUGACAGGGUGCUCGGCCAAUCACAACAGCCAAGCACAGCCGCGCGAGAGUCCAUGCCCUACACCAACGCUGUCAUCCACGAGGUGCUGCGAAUGGGGAACAUCCUCCCUCUGAAUGUGCCCCGGGAGGUGGCAGUGGACACCACCCUGGCCGGAUACCACCUGCCCAAGGGCACCGUGGUCACAACCAACCUGACUGCACUGCACAGGGACCCCACAGAGUGGGCCACCCCUGACACCUUCAAUCCAGAGCAUUUCUUGGAAAAUGGACAGUUUAAGAAAAGGGAAUCCUUUCUGCCUUUUUCAAUAGGAAAGCGGAUGUGCCUUGGAGAACAGUUGGCCAGAACUGAGUUGUUUAUUUUCUUUACUUCACUUCUACAAAAAUUUACCUUCAGGCCUCCCGAGAAUGAAAAGUUGAGCCUGAAGUUCAGAGUGAGCUUGACCCUUGCCCCAGUCAGCCACCAGCUCUGUGCUGUUCCUCGGGGCUGA